ACAGGGGGCGAUUGUUACUGUCAUAAAUAUGGCCCUUCGAGGGUUUUAUUUUGGAGACUUCAUUUUUGCUCAGUCCCUCUUCUCUUUUUGGUAUCGUGUGCAGCUGUUUCCUCUUUUACUGGCUGUUCCUCUUGGACUGCUUGCGACACUCCCCACUCUUCUAUCUAGAACUGUUUAACUGCUCAGCUUCCAACACGCCUCCUAACAGCACUUGCACGUCUGCAGCCUCCACAGCCUCCACAGCCCUUCUCAUGCGUCCUCCUCCUCCGUCUCUCUGAUCCUCAUCGCGCCAUUCAGGAUGGACUGGAGUUCUCUGAUCUGCUGUUUGCUGCUUUCUGUAUGUCAGUCAGUGAUGGGUUUCAACAUCGACUCAAGUCCUUGGAAAGAGUUCCUCCAAAACCAGGACACGGCCUUCGGCUACAAAGUGAUACAGAAAGAUGUGUCAAGUUUGAUUGUGAGUGAUCCUUUACUACAGCGUGGGGAUGAAAAAAGAGGGGAAGUUUACAACUGCAGGAUAAACUCACGAGGAAACUGCUCACCAUUACGGAUGAAUGAGCCUCCUGAGGCUGUAAACAUGUCUCUUGGUCUUUCAAUGAGUAAAGAUCCAGAGUCUACAAAUAUAAUGGUCUGUGGUCCAACCAUCCCCAAAGCCUGCAUAUCAACUACCACCUACAAUGGCAUGUGCUUUAUGACUGAUGUUGACACUCCAAUACCAAACAAACUAAGAGAUUGCCCGCCUCCUCCACAAACAGAUAUUGCUUUUCUGUUGGAUGGCUCUGGGAGCGUAUCUGACAGGGAUUUUAGUACAAUGAAGGAAUUUGUUAUAAAACUGAUCGAAGGGUUAACUAACCGGGAUAUUCGGUUUGCAGUUGCACAGUAUUCUGAUGACUGUACAAUCCAUAUACGAUUCACUUCCACUUUAAAUUCCUAUAACAUAAUGAGAAUUCAGCAGAAGAACGGUCGUACCAACACCGCAGGUGGUAUCAACAUGCUUGUGAAUGAAUUAUUUGCCUGGGAAGCCAGACCAAGUGCUAACCGAGUUUUAAUUGUUAUCACUGAUGGUGUAUCAACUACUUACGGUUUGGAGCAAGCUGCUGAAAAUGCAAAGCGGAAUAACAUUAUUCGCUAUGCUAUAGGGGUUGGUGGGGCCUUUAACAACCCACGUGCAGAAAAGGAGUUAAACGUCAUUGCAUCUGAUCCAGACAGUGACUAUAAAUUUAAAGUGGAUAACUUUGAUGUGCUGGACAAAAUCCAUAAAAAAAUGGAGACCAACAUAAUAGCAAUUGAAGGUACCCAGACUUCAGGAGAUUCCACCAGGAUGGAGUUUGCGCAGGAUGGGUUCAGUGCAGUGUUUGUUUCAAAGAAAAAUGUAAUAUUAAGUGCAGUUGGGGCUUACCAGUGGAAAGGAGGAUUCCAGGAGUAUUCAGCUGGGAGGAAUUAUGAAUUUCAGCAAGGCAGUGAACACGACAGUUAUUUAGGUUAUUCCAUGACAGUAGCAAAAUUGGACUACACAUACAUUGUUCUGGGAGCUCCGAGGCACAAACAUAAGGGAGCAGUGGUCUUUUCAUCAUUGCAGAAAAAGUCAUCAUUUCAACUGGAUCCUCCAGAGCCUCAGAUUGGAGCCUAUUUCGGAGCUGAAGUGUGUGCUGUGGACCUGGACUUUGACUCCUACACAGACCUUCUGCUGGUUUCUGCUCCACUGCACACAGAGGAUGGUCAGGAAGGAAAAGUCUUUGUGUUCUCCUUGUCAAACAGGGUACAAUUAAAAAUGACACUGAAUGGAUUGGUAGGACAGAAGGGCAGGUUUGGCUCCUCAGUAGCCAGUCCAGCAGAUCUAAACGGGGAUAAGAUUCGAGAUGUAGUAGUAGGAGCUCCACUGGAGGAUAAUGGACAGGGCAGCAUCUACAUAUUUAAUGGAAGGGCAGAAGACAUCACCCCUACCUACUCGCAGAGAAUCAGUGGUUCCUCUUUGCGGGUGGGUCUGCGGUUCUUUGGCCUGUCUCUGAGUGAAUCUGCCCUGGACCAGAGUGGAGAUAGACUGACGGACAUCGCUGUUGGAUCCAAAGGAAGUGUCAUUCUCCUCAGGUCCAGACCUAUUGUGUCCUCGGUGACCAAAGUUACCUAUAGCCCAUCAAAAAUCACCACCAGUCUCACUGACUGUACGAAACCUCUGGAAACCACUCUACGCUUGUGCUUCACUAUGAGCGGACUCAGCACAAAGAUAAGAGAAUUAGCUGCAAAUAUUAACUACACUGUAAAACUUGAUGCGAAGCGACAGAACUUUCGGGCGUACUUUACACCUAAAAACCGCCUUCUGACUGAUAAGAUGACUGUUCAGCUACAGGAGGUGUGCAAUUACCACAAGUUCUAUAUAGAGGCCUGCACAGAGGACGCUCUAAACCCGCUGUCCAACGAGAUAACGUUUACUUUUGAGGGCCUCCCUCUUAGUAGACUGGAUAACUUAAGGCCUGUACUUCACCCUGACAUAAGACAUACCUCAGAUCACAAUCUCGAUUUUGAAAUAGACUGUGGAACCGACAACAUCUGCAUCGACAACCUCAGAGUGGAUUUCAACUUCUCUGGAGACUCAGACAUAAAAGUUGGAAUAAUGCAGGAUAUGAACGUGAUCGUCUUUGUGGAGAACAGAGGAGAAAACUCCUACAACAGUCGCGUGGAGCUCACGCACCCCUUUGGACUUUCCUUCAGGAGAGUCACCAGCAAGCAGGGCAGAGUGGAGUGUGUAUCUGUGGACAGUGAUCAGAAAGUUACACUUGGGGUGACCACCUGCUAUAUCAGUAAACCCAUCCUCUGGGCAAAUUCUUUGGCUGUCUUUGAGAUCACAUACAGCAUAAACAAAGAAAGUAACUUUGACAGGAUGGUGAAUUUCACUGCGACUGCUAACAGUGGCAAUGAAAAACACGCACCUGACAGCCAACUGUCCAAGAGUAAAACCAUCGGUGUGAAAUAUGCCAUCUAUGUUGCUCUAAUAAGGCACGAGAAUUCAAGAAUCCACAUUAACUUCAUUGCAGGGAAGAACAACCUCGAGAAGCCUGUCAAACAAAUAUUCAAGGUGGAGAAUGACCUGAGGGAUGUAAACCUCACGAUUCUCAUCAGAGUACCAAUAAAACUCGGAGGGAAGAACAUCUGGGCCAAUGAGAACUUGCAGAUUCCAGACUGUAGCGUGGACAGAGACGAGCCACCCACAACCCUUGAUUUUGUGGAGGCACUAAAGAAACAGCCGUCGGUGAACUGCUCUGUGGCUGUGUGCAGACUGUUCAGGUGUAGCGCAGACCUCAAAAGACUUGAUGUGAAAUUCUACAGUAUCUCUGCUAAUGUCAACUCUGGCUGGAUUGAACAGACUGGACUCCGAUCAGCAUUUUUUGAGCUGGUCAGUACAGCAACUCUGGAAUAUGACAAAAAUGAAUACAUCUACUAUUCUUCAGACUCUCUGCACAAAGCACCCAUUAGAAAGAUUGAUACCCAGGUGGAGGUGUAUGAGGAGAAGAACAUGCUUCUGGAGAUUGUUGGAGGAGUGAUAGGAGGGCUGUUGCUUUUGGCUGUCAUCACCGCUGGUCUCUACAAGGCCGGUUUCUUUAAGAGCCAGUAUAAGCAGAUGUUGGAGGACGCAGGAGCUGGACCUGAGGGGGCCGGAGAGGGGGCACCAGCACCUGGAGGAGAAUAAACCUUGCAGAGUGACCACUGUGAUUCUAAUACACAGUUACACACCUAUAUUUGCCAGUUUAAAUCUAACUUUACUGUGUACCAUGAACUUCAUACUGAUCUUUGUUUUGAGUGUCUUUGCAUCUCCAGUCUACUGGUUGCAGUAGAAAGUAUGUUUAACUCCUUAAAUCCCAGGAUUAGUUCAUACCAAGGUCUAUUAUUCAGUAACUAUGUGGACUACAAUGCACUUAUUCUUAGUUUAUAGGAGUGUGUAGUAAAUCUUUGGUCCAGGCCAUUUAAGGCGUUAAUGGACACCAUUAAAAAUUUGGGGAGGCCUAGUUUU